AGACAGAGACGCAGAGAUGGCGGAAGAAGCUCCAGCAGCGGCCCCGGUCAAAGCCCCGGCUAAAGCCCCGAAGAAGAAGGCGGCUCCCCGUCCCAAGAAGGAGGGCCCGACCCUCCCGAAGCUCAUCAUCAGCGCCGUGGCUGAGUCCAAGGAGCGCAAGGGGAUCUCGCUGGCGGCCAUUAAGAAGGUUCUGGCGGCAAAAGGCGUCGAUGUGACCAAAGCCAACAAACGCAUCAACACCGCCGUGACUAAGCUGGUGACCGGAGGAACCCUGGGACAAACUAAAGGGACCGGGGCCUCCGGCUCCUUCAAGCUCGCCAAGAAGGAGCCCAAAGCCGCCAAACCUGUCAAGAAAGCGGCGCCGAAGAAGAAAGCUCCCGUUAAAGCCAAGAAGCCCGCAGCCGCCGCCAAGAAAGUUACAGCGGCCAAGAAACCGGCAGCUAAGAAGCCAGCGGCCAAGAAACCGGCAGCGGCAGCCAAGAAGUCCCCGAAGAAGAAGGCACCGGCGAAGAAAGCCGUGAAAAAGCCGCUAGCGAAGAAGAGUCCCAAGAAGACCCCCGUUAAAAAGGUGAAGGCGGCCAAGAAGCCCGCUGCCAAGAAAGCUCCGCGCUAGUACUGGUGCUGCUGGCCAGUGGCAGGUACUCAAAAUCUGCCAUUUUCCAAAAAUCAAAAAAGCUUAAACCCAAUUGAGCAUCUCUGGAGAGACCUG